AUGACACUAGGGUUGUGGGCGACGUUGUUAGCAAGAAGUUGUAGGGGCUAUGUUAAGGGUCAUGUAUCGAUCGAGCUGCGUGGUCCGUUGGGAGGAUUAUAUUGGCGAGGCUACGGGGUAUAUUUGGGCGAGAGACUACGGACGUGCUUAGGUGGGAUGGUCGGGGGUUGUGUUGGCGAGGGUUGUGUUGUGAGCAAGAUGGCCGGGGUUGGCAUACUAGGUGUUUUCUUGAUCGAACCGGUGGAGGAAAAGGCAUCGGUUGUGGAAAAGCUAUUGGGUAAAAGAG